CCCUUCAUUUCAUUCAUCUCUUUUAAACUCACGCUCACAGACGUAAUAAAAAACAGCAGCAGCAGCUUUAUGAGGCUGAAGUCAAACCGGAAGUGAAAAUGUCCAACUUGACGUUUCUUUUCCAUCUGUGCCCUCAGCGUCUCCGUGAUGCUGAGCAGGCGGGUGGGGCAUUCUGUGCCGUGCCGUGCCGUGAUGUAGGAGGACAAACGGAGCUGACAGAGAAGGAAGCAGCGCAAACGACUGGUUUUAGAUAAAACUGUUUCAACCCAACGAUUCGACGAACACGAUGGAUGUGUUCAGCAGACAGAUUUAAAGCGUCGGACAUUGUGCUUGUGUCCUGCAGAGGAGUGUGGAGCAGUGUUCGGUUCGGACCCGGAGGACCUGGUGUUUUUGGUGUUUAGUGGAGCAUCAUGGCGUGGCCCUGUAUCAGCAGGGCUUGCUGCAUGGCGCGCUUCUGGAACCAGCUGGACAAGGCUGACAUCGCCGUGCCUUUGGUCUUCACCAAGUACACGGACGCCUCGGAGCUGCAGCACAUCCAGCUGCAGCCGCCGCUGCACGCGCCCCAGGCCCGGGUCGCCAUAGAAACGCAGCCCUCUCGCGCGGAGACCUCCGCCGCCAAGGCGGCGCGCGGGCCGCGCAGGUGCGUCUCCGAGGAGCGCGUGUGCAGCUCGGUGAUGCGCGAGGACUUUAAGCACUGGAGAGUGCGACCCGAGCCGAGCUGUAAGCCCAAGAACCAAUACCAUGAGCCGGAGACACCGUUUAACAGCGAGACUCAGUACCAGAAGGACUUCAAGCCCUGGCCCAUCCCGAAAAGGUACGAUCACCCGUGGAUACCCAAACCCCUGUCGGUCCCCUCUGUGGACCAGCGGCCUCCUGACAGGUCCAGGCACGCGAAGCGGCACGCGGCGGACUCCGAAUGCGGUGUGGAGAAGAGCGCCAUCGCCGACAAGGUGCAGGAGAAAGACCUCCUYCAGGGCCAGGAGAGGAAGAAGCGCUCCGGGGGGCAGGAGGGAGAGAAGAAGGUGGUCCUGAAGGUGGAGGGAGAAGGCAGGGGGAGGGCGGCCGCGGAUGCUCUGAACAGACAGAUCAAAGAAGAAAUCAGUGCUGGCAGCUCAUCAUACAAAACUGAGUUCAAGGCUUACCGAGACGUGAAGCCAGUAAAAAUGAUCCGUGCUAAGUCUCAGUAUCUGCCACCUGAUGGAAAGACGAYCCUGGAGACGAGCUACAGCGCCACCUUCAAGGCACUAGCUCCACUGCAGCCUGUUGACAACAAAGCUCAGGAGAGGAGGAGGAUACGCAGUUUGUACAGCGAACCGUACGUCGAUCCCAGCAAACAGGUUGACAGGUAUAGUGUCCCGCGCUCUAAACCCAAAAAGUCUGGAUCCACAGCAGCAGGCCAGGGCAAACCAGUGAGGAAAGCCAAAGAUAAGCAAAGUGCCACGCUGAGGGGCCCCAAGAAGACGACCUCAGAGAAUCAGCCUGAGAACCGGCCAGCAGUGGGGGACAAGGAGAAAAGUAAAGAGAUCAACAACAAACUGGCUGAGGCAAAAGAGGUUGUGCUAAAACAGUACCACUACAUACAACUCUGCCAGCCAAUCCGAGACAUUGGCUGGGUGCAGACCCUAAAACAACACCUGUGGGGCUGUGCACUACCCGAUCCCAGAGAUUCUAAGGAUGAGGUUCUCCGACCCAGUCAUCAUCAUUCCCAGGGUGCUGCUGGAGGAGGACCACAGCUGGAGCGGAACGAGCCUCGGAGGAGCAGUGGAUUCGUACGCUUCGCCCUAGAUGGGAACCAGACUGAGUAGUCCUGUUCAUUCUGACAGGCAACUUAAUGUUUCUGCAGAGACUGAUGCUCUGCACCAUACAAGUCUAGUGUUUCAGUUGGAUUAGGUCAUGAGGUGAGCCCCACAGAGAAAGCACGCAUGUAUGAAAGUGUCUCUGGCUCGUUUCACUCACAAAGGUGCUACAUUGUUUUCUGGUUUCAUGCAGUUUGUUUUAAAAAAAUGUCAUUAUUAGUACCAAGGCCAAACCAAGAAGUGCUUAUUAAUUUUAAAAAAUGUACAUUUAUCACUUUUAGUCUUAAUAAAUAGCAUAAUUACCAUACAA